UGUUAUCAGAGCCCGCGGCGCACACACAGGAAGCCACAGUGCCUCGCGUCAUUAACGGCCACACUCCUGCGCACUGCACAGUCGGCCAGAAUGAAGGCAGUAUUUACGAAGUUGUUCGGAAAAAGAGAAACCACCUUUACAGAUGAUGUUGAAAUAUCCCAUCCUAAUGAGGUUCAGCACAAUGUGCAUGUCACAUUCAACAAGGAGACGCAGUCUUUUGAGGGCAUUCCUGAAGCAUGGAAGAAAUUAAUUGGCAAUGCUAUCAGUGAGGAUGAGAUGGUGAACAACCCAGAAGCAGCCAUAGCUGCAGCAAAAUAUCUUAAAUAUUCUAUUAAGCGAAAAGAAACUGCAGUAAAGAUAAUACCCACAGCUGAAGUGAUUUUAGAAGAAACUGAGGCUAUAGAAAAAAUUUUUGAAAAUGGAAAAGACACUGAUGAGCCAAAUGAAGACAAUAAUCAAGACACAGGUGCACUGUCAGCCCACAUCAUGCGCAAAGAUGUCAGUAAGAAGCCUGAAGCAGAAAAUAAGGAAAGUCCAGUGCCAGUUCGAAGAAGAAAAGAAAAUAUAAGUGACGAAGAACUAAUGGAAAAAUUCAGGGAACAGUGUUCUCCACUGAAUCCAAAAUUGCUUUAUGAGCGAGACCAAGAGCUUGGUGCCGGGGCAUCUGGCACUGUCUUCAUAGCAAAAGAGAAGGCCACAGGUCGCAUUGUUGCCAUAAAGGAUAUCAAUCUCAACAAGCAACCGAAAAAAGAAUUGAUUUUAAAUGAAAUAGAUGUCAUGAAGAAUAUAAAUCAUGAAAAUCUGGUGAACUUUCUUGAUGCUUUUCUGUUAGAUGAUCAUUUAUGGGUUGUAAUGGAGCUUCUUGAUGGUGGAGCUUUGACUGAUGUUGUCACAGAAACAGUCAUGAAGGAGAGCCAGAUUGCUGCUGUUUGUCUCCACACACUGAAGGGAAUAAAAUACCUACAUGACAGAGGAAUAAUCCACAGAGAUAUUAAGUCAGACAACAUUCUUCUUGGCAAGGAUGGAUCUGUGAAAGUAACAGAUUUUGGUUUUUGUGCCAACAUCUCCGGUGAUGAGAAGCGUCAGACCAUGGUUGGGACUCCGUACUGGAUGGCUCCAGAGGUUGUAAAUCGAAAGCAGUAUGGGAAAAAAGUUGACAUCUGGUCUCUUGGUAUUAUGGCAAUAGAAAUGGUUGAAGGAGAGCCACCUUACUUAAAAGAAACUCCUCUCCGUGCCCUGUAUCUUAUCGCAGCCAAUGGGAAGCCAGAGAUUCCAUCAUGGAGUAAUUUAAGUCCAGAAUUUCAGGAUUUUCUCAACCAGUGCCUUCAAGUUGAUAUGGAUAAGAGGGCAUCAGCUGCACAACUGCUAAUUCACAUCUUCCUCUCAAAGGCCAUCUCCACUGUUACACUCAAACCUCUCAUUGAAGCAGCUCGGAAAAAUCUUGGUAAAAGAGUUAGUCAUGAAAUAUAAUGAAUUGAAAUUAACAGAUCUGAGAUAAAUAUUUUAUUUUACUUUUCUUUAAAAAAAAUAGCUUUCUUGUUAAUGGUCAGUUGUGGAUUUUACCUUCACAAACUAGAGAAUUAUUAUGUGCAUUUAGUAUUUUCAUUUAUUCUCUACCAUAUGGUGUCAUAUAAACUAUUUUAGGUUUUUCACAACAAGUGUUCACACACACACACACACACACACACACACACACACACACACACACACACACACACACACACACACACACACACACACACACACACACACACACAUACACACACACACACACACAUACACACACACACACACACAUACACACACACACAUAGUGUAGUGGUUAGCACACUCAGCUCACAACCAAGAAGGCCCAGGUUCAAAUCCCAGGCAUGGCGAGGCAAAUGGGCAAGCCUCUUAAUGUGUACCCCCUGUUCACCUAGCAGCAAGUAGGUACGGGAUCUAACCUGAGGGGUUGUGACCUCACUGUCCCGGUGUGUGGUGUGUCAUUGGUCUCAGUCCCACACAAAGAUCAGUCACUAUGAGCUCUGAGCUCUUUCCAUAGGGGAAUGGUUGGGUGGGUGACCAGCAGAUGACCGUAGGUGAAUCACACACACACAUCCACACAUUUAUGAAUGUGUUAUAUUCUAGAAAAAAAUAUUAAACAAGAAACAUUGUAAAUGUGAUUAUGUAUUUUCAUCUUUUCACAUAAGGCAAGAGACACAUGAAACAUUUUGUAGACAUGAUGAGAUGCAAGAAAACCUCUGGCAACACUCCUAUGAUGGUAUAGGUGAUUAGAAGCUGUGGGAUAUUGUGCUGCCCAGUACCACAAGAGUAUACAUGCAUACUGCAUAUUCCAGGAUUAUAACUGAAAAUUCAAAUUUUUUAAUAAGUUUUUACUCAUUGCAUAUCCUUUUCAUGGCAGUGUUAAGUUAAAAAGUUGUAAUUAAUUUAUUGUAACUUGGAGACCUUUAAUGCUGCUGUAGCUGUCAAAAGUUAUAUAAUAUUCAAAGACUUUUUUUUAUUUUUCAUUUAUAUUUAUGUGAUAGAUAAUAAUGAUCAAGCAUAGAGAACUGACAGGUUUGUGGUUAUGGACUCUCAAGAUGACACCCCUCCUCAGAUGGGGAAGCAUGCUGGAUAAAACUAUUAAUCAUAUGUUUACCCAAAUUCAAACGAAAGUGAUAUUGAAUUUGUCUAUUUCAAUUUCACUAUUCAUAUUAAUGGCAAGUGAUAAUGAGGUUUCAAAAAUGACUUGUUGUGUGGUGUUGAUCAUGUGCUACACCAGCAGAAGUCAGAAUUCCCUAAAACUUGUUUUACUUAUAUAAGUUGAUGUUACCAUCCAUGGUGCUUUUAGAAAUGUAAUCCCCACUUUUUGGAGGAGAUUAUUGUGCAUAUUUUAUAUGGAAAUGUAGCAGGUACAGCUAAGCUCUAUUUUAUGGCAAUUUCAGUGUCUUUCAAAAGUUGGCAAGAUAAGCUAAAUACAAUGCUAGUCUGUUAACUUUACCAGGGCCAAAAUGCUGAUAGUCUGAGUUUUUAAUAUAGAAAAUUAUAAUUUGGAAAGAAAAGUUGGAAUUCAUAAAGGCAAACAACUAUGGUGUAAAGUAAAAAUCAUCUGAUUAGAUUCUGGAAUCAGGCAAUUAAGAGAAGAAUUACAAAAGAAAUAUUAGUAUUGCAAUUUUAGAUGAUAAGAACUGAUAAAUUUAAAGAUACAAAUGGCAGUUUUAAAGAAUGUACAUUUGUUGCUUCCUGUAUCAAGUCACAUUUUUUGUGAGUCACAAGCUGUUCCCCAUGCACAAGCCAGAUAAAAGACAAAUCUUGUAGCCAUUGAGGCUCAGGCUGGGUGAAAACACUGGCUCAGGAGUGUAUGUGAGUGUAAAGGUCAGUGACAAGAGAUAAUGAGUCAAGCUAAAGUUUUGUAUUAUAUGUUCUGAGUGUAAAGAGCAUAUCUAAAGGAGGCAGUAAACUCCCAGUGGCAGACAUCAUGAAGUUCAAGUACAAAUCACACGCCUAUGGGGGAUUGCUGUAAUGGUAUUCAGCACUGCAACAGCCAACUAAUUAGGAAGAGGCCAUCUGGCAAAUAUAAUGGGGAAAGUUGUGACCACAGCAUGUUCAAAUAGUAGUGAUUUUAUACCAAAGUUAUAUGUAUAAGCAACAAUCAGUGUUGAAAUAGUUGAAAACUCCAUUAAGCAGAAUUGCUGCUGUUAUAUUUCAAUUAAUAGACUUUUACUAUAUCAUGAUUAGUGUUCAUCUAAAUAUAUAAAAGGUGCUUGAUGUAUACAGUCACUUCUAUAGUGUAUGAUCAAAUGAUGAAAUAAAGGAAAAUUUCACAA